UGUCGUAAGAUCUGAUAUGAUCUGUCUCUUUGGUCACCGUUGUAUCACUGGCUCCUAGCAUAGACUAUCGGUUAAUAAAUAAUGUUGUACAAAUAAAUGAAGGGCUGGAUUUCCUUGGAGCCAGCAAUAUUUGUAGGAAAGAUGCAUUUAGCCGUGGAACGUACCGAGUGAGAAAUCACAGUUGGGUGUCCUGGUGGAAGGGUAUGGAAGACGUUUGAAGACACAGGGCAAACGCUCGGAUGAAGCAUCAGUUCGAGUCAUGAAAAACCGUGUCCUAUGGAAUAAAGAUGAAGUGAUUGAGAAGAAACAGUGAACACCUUCGCUCUGUGGAAAGGACAACAUGGAUCAGCCAUUUACUGUGAAUUCUCUGAAAAAGUUGGCUGCUAUGCCUGACCAUACGGACGUCUCCCUCAGCCCAGAAGAGCGAGUCCGUGCCCUCAGCAAGCUUGGGUGUAAUAUUACCGUCACUGAAGACAUCACCCCACGCCGCUACUUUAGAUCUGGGGUAGAGAUGGAGAGAAUGGCGUCGGUGUAUUUGGAAGAAGGAAAUUUGGAAAAUGCCUUUGUCCUUUAUAACAAAUUUAUAACCUUGUUUGUAGAAAAGCUUCCCGGCCAUCGAGAUUACCAGCAAUGUGCAAUCCCAGAAAAGCAGGAUAUUAUGAAGAAACUGAAGGAGAUUGCAUUCCCAAGGACUGAUGAAUUGAAAAAGGACCUUUUAAAGAAAUAUAACAUAGAAUACCAAGAAUAUUUGCAAAGCAAAAACAAACACAAGGCGGAAAUUCUCAAACAACUGGAGCAUCAGAGCCUGAUCGAGGCCGAAAGGAAGCGGGUGGCUCGGAUGCGCCAGCAGCAGCUGGAGUCGGAGCAGUUCCUAUUUUUCGAAGACCAGCUCAAGAAGCAGGAAUUAGCCCGGGGUCAGGUGCGAAGCCAGGAAACGCCGGCGCUGGCGGAGCAGAUCGACGGGAGCGCUUUGUCCUGCUUGUCCGCGCCGCGGAACAGUGCCCUGCUGAAUGUGUUCGCAGACCAGCCUCCUAAGAGCGAGACGACCCCUGAUGCCAAGCACUCUCCUCCCGUAAACCGGGCUUCCAAGCCCGCGGCCGCUCUGAGCGCCGCCGUGCACAAUUUAGUGGUCGAAGGACUGCGGUGUGUAGUUUUACCAAGAGACCUUUGCCACAGAUUUCUGCUUCUGGCAGAAUCUAACACACUCAGAGGAAUAGAAACCUGUGGAAUACUCUGUGGAAAACUGACACAUAAUGAGUUUACUAUCACCCAUGUAAUUGUGCCAAAGCAGUCUGCAGGGCCGGACUACUGUGAUGUGGAGAAUGUGGAAGAAUUAUUCAGCGUUCAGGACCAACAUGGCCUCCUCACACUGGGAUGGAUCCACACACACCCGACCCAAACUGCAUUCUUGUCCAGUGUUGAUCUUCACACUCACUGUUCCUAUCAGCUCAUGCUGCCAGAGGCUAUUGCCAUUGUUUGUUCACCAAAGCAUAAAGACACCGGCAUUUUCAGGCUCACCAACGCUGGCAUGCUCGAGGUUUCUGCUUGUAAAAAGAAGGGUUUCCAUCCACACACCAAGGACCCCAGGCUGUUCAGUAUAUGCAAACAUGUGUUGGUAAAAGACAUAAAAAUAACCAUGCUGGAUCUAAGGUGAUGUGUUCCGAAGAUUAGCACCGUCGACCCCAGACACCUACCCAUGGACGUGCGGUUGCGGAUUUUCUUAAGACGUUUCCUGAAGUGACUGAUAUUUUGUAUUUAUACAUUUUAGAUCAGAAAGUUUGAUAUUUAUUGUUCUUGCCCAUUUUGAAGUUUCCUUUUCGGGGUGCUCUGUCUCCGGAGAAGUCACAGUUGGGUUACAUCAAUAGCUAUGAAUGCACCCAGAUACUACAACCGUACCAUAAAUAAUGCUGCAAACAACAACAUGUCCGGUGUUCGUAGAGGUCUCCGCGCGUGUUUUCAGAGCUUCCCAUGCUUCGCUGUAUUUUUUUUUUUCCUCGUUCCUAUUAAAGGUCAUUCCAAACAAGAGAUGCUGAGUACCAGGGGGUCUCCCAGACAGGCCGUCUGUUUCUGCCAUGCUUUCCUGUGGUCGAAAAUGAGCAGUUUCCCCGUGUGAGAAGAAACGUGGCUGUAGACGGUAGAGCGGUCUUGCGUCCAAUGUCAAGCUCAGAAAUACGUCUGCAGCGGAUCCUAGUGGAGGAUACCAGAAUAGCGAGCUUCUACUCAGGGAAGGGUACCAGAGGGCGUGGGAUUAGCAGACGAUUCAUUAACUUGACUGAGAGGACUAAAAGCAGAGACGCUUGAGAGAAGAAUGAAAAAAGACUCAGAUGAAAGUGUACAGCUUGUUCCCGUGAAAGUUAAUACGGGUGACGGGGAAAAGAA